ACAUAGUGACGGCAGCGUUUUGCAGUGGUGGAGAAGAACGUGUACGUCAUUUUCACAAUGGCGGAGGCUGGGUGAGAAGGAGUGUGUGUGUGUGAAGCGGCGCCGUAAUCGUUAGAGCUACAUUGCCCGUAUUACGUGCACGGUGCCCGAAAAUGGCCCUGAACCCCAACGCGGUGGGGAGAAGGGACUCAGAAUGCACCGAGACGGACGAUCUCCAGCCGGAGGGUGGCGAACCCCCGAAGAAUUCAGCCGCCACCUCGGCCACAGCCAACCAAAAUGGCGAUCAGCCUGGAUGUGGAGACAGUGUAAUGCCCGAACAAGAAGCCCCUGAGCGGCGGAGGAGCGUGCAGGCGGACGCUCGGAGCUUUAGCAGUUCUCCCUUGCCAGGCCAGAGACCGAGCGAAGAGCUGCCACGGAGGGGUUUUCAAAUCCCGAGGAAGAUAAAAGAACGGAAAGGCUUGUACCAGUUUCUGCCUCCUGACAGCAGGGAGUUUGAGGACCUUGUGAAGAUUAUCUCCUCGUUUUACCUAGACUCAUCAUCACGAGGAACCUUUUCGUACUGCAAGGCCAGACUCAUUCACAAUGAGCUGCUGGAGAAGGAGUUCAUCGAGAAGCGGAGAGAGAUGAAGCAGGAGGGGCGGACUGAACAAGAAAUGACUGAGUCGUACUGCUUCCUUUAUCCAGAAAAAUCCAAGGUCCAGUGGACCUGCGAGAAGGGUCUGUCGGUUGGACACUCCAGGAUUACGACACUAGGAAAUCCAUCACAGGGUGUUUAUCUCUCCAAAUAUUCUGAUUUGUUACAAAUCAAUCCCUUUGAUGUGGGCUGGUUUGGAGACAUGAUCAUUUUUAAAGUUAUGAGGGGCCGAAUAAAGCACAUCCAUGAGAACAUGCCUAAGAAUGCUAUAGAACCUACACCCAAGUCUGACUGUCACUUGUCCAAAAGUGCCAAUAGGGUUACGUCUUUGCUGUCUUACAGGGCUUUUGAGCUCACACAGCAAUAUUUUUUUGAGUUUGCAUUUGAUGAGAUAAAGGCACGGCCCAGGCACGUGUGCCCCUAUGCUGUGGUUUCCUUUCGGUACAACGGCAAGGAGGCUGCAGCAACUCCUCUGACUGCACACAGGUUUAACACUAUUUCCUCAGAAGGAAGUAGAGGGAAGAGCUGCUACACUGUGUGGAGCGGUCCACUGGUGAACAAGGGCAAGGAGUUAUUCCCAAUCUGUUUAAGAUCCUCCUCGCGCCCCUACCUUCCUUUCAAACUGCCUGAGAGGCUGGAGUUGAGUCGGGGCAUGCAGCUGGAGCAGGUGAAGCGAAAGAUUCCCUCUGUGCUCUUUUCUUGGGACACCUACAGCGCAUCACGGGAAGUGAUGAAGUGUGGGAUGUCCUGCAGCCUGUUUGAGGUGGUGGAUGGAAAAGGUAAACCAACCAGCGGCAGCUUGGCAGGGCUGGUCAACAAACUGGAGAGGGACAGGAUGGUGCUGGUGAAGUCCUUGUUUGACAGAGGCUUUCUCUUCCUGCUGUCCUCAUCUCAGAUGGUUGAGUCCAAAGAGCGGCGGGGGCGGGUGGAGAAGAACCUGCAAGCAUUAUUCAUCUUUCAGGAGUCAAGAGUGGUUGUCAAGUAUUCAUCCAGACUGUUCGAGCCAGAGCCGCUGACAGUGGAGCCCCAGCCUGCUGUCCUGUCCUCCAUGGAGCCCUUUGUCCCUGCGCUACACUACGCCCUGUUCAAGUUGCGCCUCAACCCAGGCAAGGACCUGAGCUCUGGGGUGGAGCGGCAGGCCACCGAUUACCUAACUCGUAUGGAUUCAGGCACGGUGCGGCCGUUUAUUCUGCCCAACUACAAAUAUAACGUGGACGAACGGACCAACCCCAUCUCAGUGUCCCGAACCAAAUUUAACAUGGAUUCUGUGCUGCGUUCUUACAUCCACAACCCUGCUAACUACAUUUUACCUCUGAACAAGGCAAAGGACAUAAUUGAAAGAAUACGAAAUCCCAUACCCAUACCCACACCUGCUCCGGCCCCAGUGGAAUACAGCCCCGUUUCUGACUGGGGCGGCUCGGACAGGGGCUCGGACAGGGCAGAGAGACCCCCAGAAAGGCUGCCCCAGGAGAGGCCACCUCCAGAGAGGCCAGCACAGGAGAAGCCAACCCCAGACAGCAGCAGACGGAGGCCAGGGUCGGCCCAUUCUAAUGGGGCACAGUUGCCGCACAAGUCCCACAUCGAGUCCCAGCCUCAGCCCCCUCAGAGGUUGCGGCUGUCCCAGAAUGAGUACGAUAAAGACAAGAUGAAACAGUUGCUUAAGCUGAUCCAGCUCCAUAAGAAAGCGCUAGUGAAGGAUCCUGGGAAGGAAAAGGGAGAGGACGGGGCUUGGGAUGCCCACAGUCUGAAGAGGAAGUUUGAGGGAGAUGAGAGGGGGGGCAUGAACAAACACCAACGCACAGAUCCGCUGAGCAAUGGGGAACCCAGUAGAGGAGCCCAAGCAGAUGAGAUCGGAGAUGAGGGUGGACAGAGCGACAAUCUGACAGCAGUGAUGGAAAGCAUGGGCAUCUAUGACACUGACCUGAGGGCUCGUGGCAACACCAACACCUCAGCAGUCAACGAGACCCAGCGCCUUCUCAAGAUCCUCCUGUCUACUCUCAACAAAGCCGUGGCUCAGGGUUCAAUGUCUGUGCAGUCAAACCAUGGUGAACCAUCGACGGGUUCAGGACGGGUGGAACCUGUCAUCCCUGAUCCAGAUCUUAGGAAACAAAAUGAGCCAGCAUCGCAAACAAACUACACAGAGGAGGACAUGGACUGUAGCCCUGGUAGUCCACUCAGCGCAGGCUCCCCACCAGAGCAAGCUCACACCUCAGACAACCCGACCUGGGUUGACCCCGCCAAUGAAGGUACCUCAAAGCAGUCAGUGCACACAGACCUUUUCCUUGUAUGCAUAUUUAGAUCUGGUUCACAAGGCUGUCAUCGUGAUAAGUUUCCUGUCUGCUUUCUUCCAGACAAAGCACAGCCUUUCCCUGAGCCAAAGCCCGAGCCCGAGGCUGUGACAGUGGCAGACAGCUACCCAGAGCCGAAGACGCCUGCAGCUGUGGAAGUAAAAAAGGCGGCUGCACCACCCACGUUACCGGUCAUAGAGGAAGUCCCCUUCAGGCCCUCCAUCAGUCUGGACACCAUACUCAACCAGGAAAUUCACAGUCUCACCUCUGACAUUAAAAACAUCAUGCAGACGCACCACAUCUGCUAUACUUCGGAGCUAGCCCCGCGGUUGCCUCCACGCCACUGCUGGCUGCCCAACAGCUGCUUCUCAGACUUUGUUGUACCCUUCGUCUCCCCUGUCCCCAUUCAGGGGCAUGUCAGAGCACUGUGUGAGAAGAUGGACAAGUUGAUCCCAGCCCCAUCUGCUCCCUGUAAGGUCACUUCUCCACCUCCCCCAGUGACAACAUCUAAUCUUACAACACCACCUCCCACCCCCAUACAGACUUCCAAAACUAAAGCAGAGCCUCCCCUGUCGAAGAGUACCACCUCCUCUCAGAGUGGUAAAAUGGUCACUGUCAAAGAGACGUCAUCCACUAAGGCUAAAACAGAAGCCCCGUCAACAGAGUCGGGGAGAGGGAUUUAUUCUCCCUCUCAAGUCACACCAGACUCUCCAGAGUCCAACUCCAAAAAGCCGGCCCCUGCUUCUGGGAGUGGGUCCGGCCUGCUGGCUGGCAGCCUCAUUGGUCAGCUGAAGCCUGAGGUUUUCAGCAGCCUGGUGGAGAUCUUUAAGGACGUCACUAAGAAUACAGUCAAAUUCUACAUCUACUCUGGGGAUGAGGGGCAGGAGAGCACUGUCUGCAAGGAGAUAAAGGAGUACUUGAAAAGUCUUGGCAACAGCGAGUGCAGCCCGCAGACGUUUCUAGAAAACAGCGGCAGUUUAGAUAAGCUCCUCAUCAUCAUUCAGAACGAGGACAUCGCCUCACACGUGCACAAGAUCCCGGCUCUGAUGUCUUUGAAGAAGUUGCCUUCGGUGAGCUUCGCUGGAGUGGACACUCUGGAUGAUGUCAAGAACCACACUUAUAAUGAGCUGUUUGUGUCUGGAGGCUUCAUGGUGUCUGAUGAGUUUGUCCUCAACCCUGACCUUAUCACACAGGAUCGUUUGCAGGGGCUGCUGAAGUUCUUGGAGGAGCAGAGCACUCCUGAACACCCCUGGCAGUGGAAGGUGCACUGCAAGUCCCAGAAGAAGCUUAAAGAACUGGGGAGGUUAAACACCAAUGCCAUGGGACUGCUGAACCUCCUUACAGCCUAUCAGAAGAAGCACCUAGUGGAGUUCCUCCCUUAUCACGAGUGUGACACCCAGACGCGUCAGGCUCCAGAUCUGGAAUGCCUGAUCAAGCUCCAAGCUCAGCACACACAACAACGGCACCUUAUCUUCCUCACAGAGAGGCCAUUUGAGAUGUUCCUACAGUACUCCAGAAAUGGAAUAGUGAUAGGCAGCAUUGAUGACGUUAUGAGUGGUUUCCACAGUCUGAUCGGCUCCAUUAAUCAGAAUGAGCUACCAACACCGCCCUCUACUGUAGUGAAUGAUGAGUGUGUGGAAGAGGAGGACAUGUCAUUAGACUCUGAUGAUGGUGAGCCACCCACCAUAUCGGAUCCUUCAGAGCAGAGCCAGGAAGUUGAGAAGGGGAAGCCUCCACAGCCGCCUCCCCCAGAGGCGGAGGAGUUUCGUCCUCCACUCCCGGACCAGCAGGCCACUCCCGAGAGAACUCCAACGCUGUCUGACUACAGCGCUCUCAAAACAGCCAUCUCUCAGUUCAAAGCCACCAACCAGAUUGGUAUAGGCCCUUCAGACAUUGGCAGCUUGUCACCGGGAGGUUUUCCUGUGAAUCCCCACCAGAGCUUCCUGUGUCCUUCAGCCUCGUGGUCAUCUUACACUGGCUCUUCUAGCUAUGCUGCCUCCCCGGCCUAUCCUGCCUCGCCCUGCAGCAGCACCCAGGAACAGGAAUACCGCCCCUCAGCCUCUGCCACAGUCCCAACCCCACCUGUCAUGGCCACAUCAGGACCUCUAGCCAACCUGGCUUCCCUCCCCUUGGAGGUCAAACCUCCCCCUCACCUCAUGAUGCUGGGCCACACAUAUGGCUCGGACACUGGAGGAGCUGGGGCUGCUGGGAACUCUCCGCUCACUACCUCCCUCCCCUAUACAGACCAUAGUGACUCAGCCCAGCCAGGUUACAUGGCUGGCAUUCCUAAAAAUGCUAGCGGGACACCCUCGCAACACAACAGGACACUCAGUGGACCUGGGGAGGGUGUAUGGGGGACAGCAGGGACCAGCACUUGUGAAACUGGUAACAGCCAGAGUGUGGUCACAUCUGGCCCAGUGGACCCCAGUGGGCUCCCUAAGACUGGGGAAACCCUGGGAGGCAGCACCCCUGGUUGUCAGGGGGGCAGGACUCAGGUGAAUUGCGCUGACAACCUUGGAGCUUCUGUGGGUAUUCCCGCAGUAGCCACCAGGGGGGGCUCGGUAGUCAGACCAAACCUGCCUCCACAUCCAAUGUGUGGGGUGGGCUAUGGUAGUAUAGGUGGUAUCCCUGGACAGAUGGAUCAUGGGCCUGUGCGGGGUGGUAUGGGUCCUGGUUCUUUAGGGAGCUAUCGAGGGAGAGGGGUCCCACCAGUAGGACUUUGGCCUCGGCCAGGACGAGGACAUGAUCGGGGCGGCGGGACUGGAGGUGGACCCUGCUCUUGGGGUUACCCAGCAGGCAGGGGUGGGACACAGGAUUACUACUCGGACUACACAUACACUCACAAUUAUGCGCCUGAGUAGACAAUCAACAUGAUCAAAGGGGCAACACAAACGCCAUACUCCAGAGACUAUUAGAGCUGGCUGAAUGUAUAUAUUUCCUUGUCAUAAACACAUUGAUUUAAAUCAGUAAAUAAGGAUCCUGGUUUUCUACAUUAAUAAAAAUUGAUACAGGCAGUGCCGAGUGUCCUACUGUAGUGUAAACUGUAUGUACACUCUUUCCAUGUGAGCUAUUUGAGACCCUGUUCAAACCACUAUAUUUAUAUUUGCCAACAAAUGUAAUGGCCUUCCAGCUUCUCGGAAUUUAUCAUGUUAUUUCUGUUUGUCCCGGUUUUGAAACGGUUUGUGAACAAGGGGAAAGGCUGAUAUUUUUUUAAAGAAAAAAAAAAAAAACAGUGAAUGAAAUUUCACUUUUGCUGUUGGUUUUCUUUUUUUAUUUUACAUAUUUGGUUGUCCUAAAAUUCUAUUAAAAUAAAACAUUUCAAAUCUUAUUUGUGUGACCAGUUUGAUGACAGUGUCAAGCAAAACAUUAAAAAUAUAAAUCACA